UCUGCAGCGUGUUAGUUUAAGUUAGAUAUUAAUACGAUAUAGAAUCAAGUGUGAUACUGUGAUGGUGCCCAAAUUGCUCGUCGUCGCGCAGCAGCAGUAGCCACAAGCUUCUGUUUCAACACCGACUUCGCGCGCGAGAGUAUACCAUCGUCAUCGUGCUCCUGCUGCUGCUGUUUAUAUACUAGCCCUCGCUCGCUGCAGCUGCUCUCAACACCCUUCCUCACACACCAAAACAAGGGCACAAUGGCUGUGGCUGCCAGGGCACUGUCCAAGCUGACGUCAGGUGAUCGCGGUGGAUUGAUGCGUUCUCAGAUUAGAUUUAAUUACACAGAGUCGAGAAAAAAUCUGAAAAUCAACUGCGAAACUAAAGUUAUCUGCCAAGGCUUCACAGGAAAGCAGGGAACUUUUCACUGCCAACAGGCCAUUGACUAUGGCACGAAAAUCGUUGGAGGCGUUAAUCCAAAGAAAGCUGGAACUGAACAUCUUGGAAAGCCGGUUUUUAAGAAUGUUCAGGAGGCAAAAGCAGCAACGGGAGCUUCCGCAACGGUGAUUUACGUGCCACCGCCAUCAGCUGCUGCAGCGAUAAUGGAAGCCAUGGAUGCUGAAAUGCCAUUGAUUGUUUGCAUCACGGAAGGAGUUCCUCAACACGACAUGGUGAAAGUAAAGCGACGAUUACUCGAACAAAAUAAAUCACGACUCAUUGGUCCCAAUUGUCCUGGUAUCAUAGCGCCUGAACAGUGUAAAAUUGGCAUUAUGCCUGGUCAUAUUCAUCAGAGGGGAAAAAUCGGUAUUGUUUCAAGGUCUGGAACUUUGACCUAUGAGGCUGUGAAUCAGACUACUCUUACCGGAUUGGGCCAGACGCUGUGCGUCGGUAUCGGAGGUGAUCCAUUCAAUGGUACAGAUUUUAUUGACUGUUUGGAAAUCUUCCUUCAAGAUCCCGCGUGCGAAGGUAUUAUUAUGAUUGGUGAAAUUGGCGGCAGCGCUGAGGAGAAAGCAGCAGAAUAUCUUACUAAACACAACACUGGAGCAAAUCCAAAACCCGUUGUAUCGUUUAUUGCCGGUAUCACAGCUCCACCCGGUAGAAGAAUGGGUCAUGCAGGUGCCAUAAUUUCGGGAGGAAAGGGCGGGGCUCAGGAUAAGAUUGAUGCUCUUGAAAAGGCUGGCGUUAUUGUAACUCGGAGUCCUGCGCAAAUGGGCAAUACACUAUUAAAAGAAAUGACUCGCCGAGGCCUCGUUUGAAAUGAUUCUUUACGACCAGCUUUACGCUGUUAAAAAAAAAAGUCCAUUGUAGUUUGUCUCAGUGUCCAUGUAUACUCAUUAAAUAAAACCUAACAUGUUUCCUAAAAAAUGUUCAUUAAACAAAAUCUAAUAUAUGGCGUGAAACGGAUAAAAAAAUGUUGACAAGUAAUAAUACUCUGCGUGUUAAUAAUUUAAAACGUAAGAAAUAAUUGUUGUUAUUUUUGUCUACGCAGUUGACUGGCUUCCACUGUUGAAAAAAUAUUGCAAAAUACUAUUUCAUUUUUCACACUACUGUACAGCAUAAUAAGUAAUUAACGAAGAUUUAAGAAAAUCGAAUCUUAUUGUUCAUUCAUAGAAAUUCAUCUAUCAUGUAAGUUUUAUAGCUUAUGGCACUGUGAGCUUUCAAAAGAGACUAAACUACAAUGUCUGCUCCGACAUAACUAAUGUUGAACAUAAUAUUGCAGGAAAAAGUGUCUGCAUGUGAUGUAUGUAAUUUUACUGUAAAUCAUGUUAAUAAAAAUAUAUUGAUUUAAAAAA